AUGAGCUUCAGAUCCAUAACUAAGAUUUUCUAUCUAUCUAUCUAUCUAUCUAUCUAUCUAUCUAUCUAUCUAUCUAUCUAUCUCAUUCUGUUCAAUAUCUAUCUAUCUAUCUAUCUAUCUAUCUAUAAUAAUAAUAAUAAAUUUAAAAAAGAAAGAACAUUAGAGAGGAAAACUGAAUCCCAACAGAGCCAAAUCAAGUUUCAACACUAUCUCAGUCUGUUCAUUAUCUAUCUAUCUAUCUAUCUAUCUAUCUAUCUAUCUAUCUAUCUCAUUCCGUUCAUUUUCUAUCUAUCUAUCUAUCUAAUUAGGCUGUUCAUAGCUAUUUCAGUUUCUUUUUUUUUUCUAGCUGAUCUGCCUAUCUUUUUCUUGUCAUUAUCUAUUAAUCUAUCUUUUUUAUCUCAUACCUUUCGUUAUUAUCUAUCUAUCUAUCUAUCAAAUCUAUCUAUCUAUCUAUCUGUGGUGGUAGGAAAUUUGCAUAGUGGAGUACCCACCAUAUAA